AUGGAAGAAGCCAGCAGACAGGAUGAUACCUCCUCUUACGGCGAUGAUGACGUGGCAAGCUCGGAUCAGGGCCACGUACUAAGCUUAGAGAGCGAAGAUGACCUCGAGUUUGAAGCAGAUGACUACGAUAAGAUAUAUAAUAGGCACGUCUCUCAUUUAGUUGUGGAGUGCGUCGGGCUGUUUACUCGCCAAAUGAGUCAGAAGAAUUCACCAUCUGCUUCCGACAAGCCGGACACCACCGUUAAAAGUCAGAAAGAGAUCGCCGACUUCAUAAUACAUAUGAACGAUACUUUCAGAUGUUGGAUGGCAGAGACUGCUGAUCUAGCUGAUAGCAUUAUUCAUGGCCUGGACUCACUCUUUAACGAGUACAGAGAUGUGAAAGUCAUGCUCAUAGGUACUCUUGAAGUGCUUAUAGAAGAUUUAAAAUACGUGAGCUCAGGCGAAACGGAGCGCUUAUACACAGGGUAUGGGGUACUUGAAGGCAUUCAAGUUGGCAUUAAACAACUAUACAGCCUGACAAACAUGAUUCGAGAAGCAUCUAGACAGAAUGAUGACCUCAACUUCGACAUGUUACUCCCAUUUGACAAAACCGCGGACGUUAAAGAUCGCAUGUUUUCCAUUAUUAGGCAAAUGUUCCCCCAUGCUCGGCGUUCGCUCUGCGAUCAACUCGCCUUAUCCGUUGCGAUUCGCCGACGACGCUUACGUCGCACGUUUAAAGAUGCCGACAGGUUGAAGGCCAGAAUAGCUCGAAGAGCAUGGAGCCAAGCCAAUACCAAUCAAGCAUAUCCAGGCCGCAUCUUUCCGCCACAGCUAUCUGAAACUCUGCCUUUUUACACGCUUGCUCCUUUGCCACAUAAUAUUAAAGGUAGUACUGCUUCCACAGAAUUAGUCGAUACGAGCAAAAUGCUGAACGUUGGUAUAGCCUACAGCGGCCGGACGACUCCCUCAUUUUUGAGCCGCCACCCUAAGGCCUGGGAACUUCAUGUAAAUAGAGACGUGAAGCCUUUCGUCUGCCUUUCGGAGCAAUGUCGCUCUCCGGUGCUCUUCUUCGCUAGUAUGGAGCGAUGGAUCGAGCACAUGAAUAAAAUGCACUCAUAUGAGUGGACUAGGAGAAUUCACCCAGCCUCCUGGAUCUGCGAUACUGACCAUGAUGCCAUCCAAUUCAAAGACGUUGAAAGCUUUCGAGAGCACAUGAAUGACAAAGACAGCCAUCUAAUUACUCCGGAUGGGCAUGAACUGGGUGUUCUCGAAAUUGAGCAAUGGAGAUAUCUUCCUCACGAUGAGUAUUUGUGUCCUUUAUGCGAUUUUACUCUAGAUAUGCCUAAGCGGACUAUCUCGACCGAUGUCGCAGAGGAUGAUCCAUAUCGGCCGCUGCACGAGCAUAUUGCUGGUCACCUCAAAGAUCUCGCUGUCCUGUCUCUUCCAAUUCUGGAUACAACCGAAGGGCCUGAAAAUCUGCCAGACAACUAUAAAGCCGAAGGAAAACGCAACUGGCUAAAAGAGGGCAAGAAAGAAUCUUGCCCAAGAAGAUAUGACCAAGAAGUCUGCGAUACAUUCGUCUCUGACGUCCAAAGAAACAGCCGUGUAAGCCACGAACAUGGACUCCUGACGCGAAGUAAGAGCGAACCUAAACACUUGGCCUACCCCACGAGAAAUAGCUUCGAUGAAGAAUUCACGGUCUACCCCAUGAAGAACAGCUUUGAGGAAGAAUUCGGGACCUACUUUAAUACGUUGCAAGUAUAUACUGCGUACGGAACUUGA